UCUGGCUGGGCGAUUAAGUGCACCUAAAUCGUGCUUGAUCAGGGCACGAGUCAUGAAAUUGUCUUCCGUCGUCACCUGUGUCAUAAUGUUAUACAUACAGUAUAUCUCGUCGCCUAAAGCACCUAAGAGUAAGUACAUUAUUUGAGAAAAAGUCAAUGUAAAGUUAGUUGAUUAGGACAUAAGCAGCAUUAAAAUUACUUAUUGUAAAUGUACACUUAAACAAGGUUUAUUGAGUGUUAGAAGUCAGGUUACAUAUUUCUGUUGCAGGCAAUCUCUAAAGACUUCAAAAUGCAAAUUGAUGGUCUGUCUGCAACUGCAAGGAAGAUCGAUGAAGUCCAUUUCAGUUUAGAAAAAGAGAGUAAACAAACGUGGUAUGAUGUUUGUCCGAGAUGUAAAGAGAAGGUAAACAAAUAUAACAUUACACAGUAUCGAGACGUAGAAUGUCAAACAGAAAACAACGAAAAUCCUUUAACAAAGGCGCUACUGGAUGGUUUAAACGGACGUCUAACUUUUCGUCUGUGUGUACCUGAAGAAUCCGGAUCAGAUCUUGAGCAGUGGUGCUUGACACCAUAUCUGUCAACUGGUUGUGAGAGACAGGGUACUGGCCGAAUAUUACAUACACACUUUACAGACGAUUCAUCAACUCAGCAAUGUAACGAACUGAAACAGGCUGUUGAAAGCGAGAAGGAAACCAUUUCAUCGGACGUGAAUGCAGUGACUGAUAGUUUGAAAGGAAUCUUCCCAAAGCUUCCUGAAGAAAUCCAGAAAUUGGAAGAUACGAUUGAAAGCAAAGACAAAGAACUGUGGAAGCUUAAAGAAAAGAAUAAUACAUUGAAAAAGGAAGUUGAAGCCCUUCAGUCGGAACGAAAAACCUUGCGUAAGGAAAAUGGAACACUAAAGGCCUACCGAAGAAUUGAAUGCCUGUAA